AUGUUAUCGGUUGAUGCUUCACAGUUUGGAGUAGGAGCGGUUCUACUUCAGAAUAAUUUACCAGUUGCUUAUGCAUCGAAAUCGUUAACAGAGGUACAGUCUAGAUGGGCUCAAAUUGAGAAAGAGACAUAUGCAAUAGUUUGGGGUUGUGAGCGGUUCCAUCAAUUUAUUUAUGGUAGGAAAAUAAUUAUUGAAAGCGAUCAUAAACCAUUAGAGUACAUAUUUAAGAAGCCAUUGAUAGAUACACCUAUGAGGUUGCAGAGAAUGAGAAUUAGACUUCAAAUGUAUGAAUUUAGUAUAAAAUUUAAAAAAGGUGCUCUGAUGUACAUAGCAGACACACUUUCAAGAGCAUUUAUGGAGGAUUUGGAGGAAGAAAAUGAUAUUUUAAAGGUAGCAGAAAUUGAAAUUCAAAGCACUUUAGAACAUUUGCCUAUGUCAUCCGAAAAAUUGGUUGAAUAUGUCAAAGAGACGGACAAGGAUAAAGACUUAGGAGUAGUUAAAAAAUGGGUGGUAACAGGUUGGCCAUGCUAUAAUAAAAUACCAGACAAUUUAAAAGGGUAUUGGAAUGUGCGAAACUCAUUGAUAAUUAGCAAUGGGCUAUUGUUAAAAGAUAAUAAAAUAGUGGUACCAUCAUCUUUGCAAAAAGAAGUUUUAAAUAAAAUACACUAUAAUCACCUAGGGAUGCAAAAGUGCAAAUUGAGAGCUAGAGGAGCAGUUUAUUGGCCAAACAUAAAUAAAGAUAUUGAGUUAAAGGUGAAAAGUUGUGAACUGUGUGCAAAAUAUCAAUGCUCAAAAAGUAAAGAGUUUAUGAGACCAAGUGAAACUCCAGAUGAUAAUUGGCAGAUUGUGGGUAUAGAUAUAUUUCAUAUAAAUAAUAAGAAUUUUCUAUUAGUAAUAGAUUAUUUUUCAAAAUAUGUAGAGAUAGCAUGGUUAAAGAAAAUUGAUUCAGACCAUGUGAUAUCAGAGUUGGUCCCUAUAUUUGCAAGGUUUGGGAUUCCAAAUAUUUUGAGAUCAGAUGGGGGCAGACAAUUCACAUCAGAACAGUUCAAACGGUUUGCUAAGGAUUUGGACAUGGAAUUGGUAAAUUCCUCUCCGGUAUAUGCGCAAUCUAAUGGAAUGGUGGAGAGGGCCAUACAAACAGUAAAAAAAAUGUUAAGUGAAGCUUUAGAAGAUGGUCUGGAUUGGAAUAAAUGUUUAAUGGAGUAUAGAAACACUCCAAUUAGUGAACUUGUUCCGGCUCCAGCGGAGAUGCUAUUUAAAAGAAAGGUAAAAUCAUUAAUUCCCAGUAUGGACAAAUCUAAGGUCAAGGGUAAUAUUCAAAUAAAAAAAGAAUUAGUUAGGAGAUCAGAGAAACAAAAAAAAGUGUAUGACAAAACAGCAAGGAAAGGUGAACAGUUUGAGGUAGGUGAUACAGUGUGGAUACAAAUAAGAAAUGACAACAAAUUCUGGAGUAAAGGUUUAAUUGUAGGGAAAGGAACAAAUUAUAGAAAUUUCAAAGUGGAGUCUAAAGAAGUAGAAGUAGAAUUAUCUAUCGCAUCCCUAUCAAAACCUACCACAAGUAGUCCUCAGAUGAUACAAUUGGAAUUAUCCAACUUAUCAAUUGAACUUCAAAGUCGCACUAUUACAUUGAUGCAAGCUGAACAAUCUAUAAAAAGAUGUUUAAGGGUUAUAACUUCUUUUAAAACUAAUAAUGGUGAUUAUAUGCACCAAGCUAGUUGGAAAAAUCAACUUGGCCUGAUGACCCAGAUAUUCGAUAUGGAGAAGAUGAUAUUAAAUACUCAUGUAAAAGAUUUUACUGGACCAAGAUGA